AUGCAGGAAUCGUACGCGAGCCUAAAGGCCGCUGAAGCAGCCUAUUCUUACUGUCCGUCUUAUGGUCGAGACAAAUCGGACGCGCAAUGCUCGCUCAUACGCGACUUCGGAAUCUACCACGUCCCCGUUCUAUUGCUCCAUCCACGGCAUCCGGCCAGCGCUAUCAACAUGAAAACGCCCACGAUCGGGAAAAGUUCUGUCGACAAUGGGUUACGGCGCUGCACCGCCCAACCUAAUGCCUGCGGCAACACUGCAUACAAAGAAAAAGCGUUCUACCCAGCCAUGCAGUUUAGACACUAAGUCACAUAUACCAAAAGCACAUGUAUGCUCUGAGUUGAAACGUCCUCGAAUAUCAGUUGAUUUGCCUUCCGGGAAGGUUAUCUCUGGUCAAAGCUGCUGCUUCCGCGAUACCAUUCUCCUUCUUCAAUGUUAGCGCAAUCAUCAGUGCGGAAGCCACCCGGAUUGGCCUAUUGGUGCUGGCUAUAGUCAGGAAGCACAUGUCAAGCCAUUGGCAUUUCAUUCACCUGAUUGCGGCUGAGCAGCUGGAUAUCAACAGUUGACCUCACCACGGGUCCAGAUUACUGCCUUUUCGACAUCUUCGCGUGCAUACAGCCGUUGUCAGCGGCUACCAUCUCGCGACAUUCUUACAAUCGAGUACCGAGCCUCGCCAUGCUCUAGCAGCACCGCUUAUGAACAUCGACUCAUAGCUGUUCGAAUUCAGCAGUCAACACCGAGUCAAUGGAUUGGGUCGCUUCCCUUGGACGCUGCAGCUAUAUCCUGAUUUGCGUCUAAUUUCUGCUUAUGAUUUGGCGGUGAAUCUCAUCCAAUCUAUCAUCUUUUUCCAAACCACUCCACAUCCCCAUUGUUAGUCCUCCUGUGCUUCCGCGGCCUGCCUUUCUGCCGAGUCAAAAAUGUGCCAUUGUCAUGCAUAAUGCACUAAUGAAGAUAUUCUUUGGUCAAGAAUU